AUGGUCUCUGUACAGUCCUUCAUAGGUGGGGCUGCUGGUCACAGGUGGGGCUGCUGGUCACAGGUGGGGCUGCUGGUCACAGGUGGGGCUGCUGGUCACAGGCGGGGCUGCUGGUCACAGGUGGGGCUGCUGGUCCUAGUGCCUGGUGCUGGCGUGACGGCACUGGUGCCGGUGCUGGUGUUGGUGACUGGCUUCGGUGCUGAUGCUGCGCUGGUGCUGGUGUCUAGUGCUGAUGGGGCGCGACGGGUGGGACGAGUUGCAGACGGGCUACAGGUUGGGCGGGAUCUGACGGUAGGAGGCGCGCAAGCGCUGGAGCUAUCGUCGCAUUCUGCCGCCACUCUCUUCCCCCUUUUCCUCUCUCCCCUACAGCAUUCCGCCGCCACUCCCUUCCCCCUUUCCUUCUCCCCCCCAUAG